ACAGGGGCACUUGCUCAACCGCCCGGCGAACUGGCAACCGGUCCAAUCAACUGUGCCUAGCAGACCGCCAGUCUAUGUGCGACGGGAUGAUCGACAGCAUAAACGUCACCUAAAAAAAGACGUCAUCCUUUGAGUCAAGCAGACGAAGAAUCACGCGGGUGAAAAGUAUUUUUCUUAAACUAGUGCCUAAAUAGUUCGUUUCUUAAUCUAGUUUCCUAUUGUUGCGUACGACUAACACUAAAACUAGGACUAAAGCUAAGUUGGACAGCCAGUGAAAAGGCCUGUGAAGGAAGGGCCACUGAUUUGUAAGUGGUAACCUAUAAAUCUAAACCUACAUUGCUAAACUAACCCUAACUUAAAUUUCUAGUUUGAAGCGAUCCUAAAAGGAAAUAAACGCUGUUCAAUAACAGUGCCGCGCCUUUUUAUUUGGCCGUACCAACAUCUUCAAAAAAUCAUCGAGCAGUUGCCGGUUCCCGCAAGAGAUCCGGAGAUGGUACAGCACGGCGAUUGUGUAGCCUGCGACAAUCCAGAUGCCGAUGAAAAUUAUGUGCAGUGCGAUGGGUGUGAUCUGUGGUGGCACUUUUCGUGUGCUGGUGUGACGGAGUCCGUCAGUGACCGAGCGUGGAUGUGUUCGAACUGCACUGCAUCACCACCACCAAAUCCACCCCCACCAGGAAACAUCUCUUCGAGCAGCUGUACAACCAACGUACAACGCAAUCUUGCCCUGUUGAAGCAACGCCAGGAGCUCGAACGACAACGAAUGGAGCAUGAACUGCAGAAGAAAUUUUUGGACGAGCAGUUGGAGCUGAUGGACAAGGCGAUUGAAUCCCGGAGUCGGGUAAGCAAUCGCGAACGACGAGAAAGAGUUGCCGAUUGGAUCAGCAAUCAUCCGGAGCAAGAAGACGGCGCGGUGGGUGGACAAUCGAAUCCACCAGCAGUCGCUCAGCCCGCGGAUGUAAACGAUCGCGACAUAGUGGCAACUUUACACGAUCUCCAAAAGCAGCUUGAACGCUGCCAACUACAAUCAAUUCCAACCAGUCAGCAAAUGGAGGAACUGCGACGUGAACUGCAGCAGUGCAAAAGGCAGCUUGGAUUAGACCCAACCGAUUGGAACAUCAGUCCAAUGAUCGGUCAGAGGAAUUUCCCGAAUCUAUCCAGCGACGUACAACAAGGUAAUCAGCAGCCAAGGAACCUUGGUGCCUACCCGAAAACGCAUGCCAAUGAGGUUGGCGGUGCAGGUAAGAGUAAUGUUAACGAUAGUGGUUUCCUCAAUAAAAUGUACGGUGGUAAUGUCCCUCAUAAGUCCUUCGCGAUCCCUUUCGAAACGGUUCCCAUUGUUACGAGAGAACAACGGUUUGAUUCUCGCGAUUUCGGGCAAAAUACCCUCGAUAGUCGCCAACAGCAACGCAUCCCCUUCGUCAACAACGAACAGCAGCGUGAACCCUUCGCGCGUACAACGAAUAUGAACGUACAGCCUACGUCGUUGGAGGAGUGGUAUCAUCGGCAGCAGCAGCAGCAGCAGCGAUUGAACGCUAACCAGAACGGUCCGUCACCGCAUCAGCUUGCCGCACGUCAAUCGUUGGCACGCGAUCUGCCACAGUUUGCGGGUGAUCCCGCGGAUUGGCCUAUGUUCAUCUCCAACUACGAGUAUACGACGGCGUCGUGUGGGUACACGCACGGGGAGAACAUGCUCCGACUACAACGGUGCCUCAAAGGACCCGCUCUCGAGACGGUGCGCAGUAGGUUGGUAUUGCCUGUUGCGGUACCACAGGUAAUCGAGGCACUUCGUAUGCGAUAUGGACGCCCGGAGCUGUUGAUUAACGCGUUGCUGGAAAAGGUGCGGAAGAUUCCCGCUCCAAAGUCGGAUAAGCUGGAAGGGCUGAUCGAAUAUGGAAUGGCAGUGCAAGCCCUUUGUGACCAUAUCGAAGCAGCCAACGAACAUGCACACCUGUCGAAUCCGAUGCUUCUUCAGGAACUUAUCGGAAAGCUACCAGCCGACCAGAAGCUUAUGUGGGCCGGGUACAAGCGAAGUCUCGGCGUGGUGAAUCUGAAGACAUUCAGCAGAUACAUGGAGAACGUCGUCAGUGAUGCAUCUAGUGUGGUGCUGUUCGAACCGGAGUCUUGCAGGAGCAAGGACAAACCAAAGCCGAGAGGGUACGUUAAUUCCCACACCGGGAACGCCGUUGAUGAUCAGCCGUCGGUAGCAAGCAAGCGAAUCGAAUGCAUCUUCUGCAGUAAGGUGGGGCAUCGGUUGCGCGAGUGCUCGGGAUUCAAGAUUUUGAAUGUCGACGAUCGCUGGCGAAAAGUUAGAGCUUUGUCGCUAUGUCAGAUUUGUCUAUUCAGUCACGGAAGGCGGUCGUGUAGAAGCAACAACCGUUGCAAUAUCGAUGGCUGUCAGUAUCGCCAUCAUCCGUUGCUGCAUUCAACAAGACGAACUGCGGCAGCUACUGCGCCAACAGAACAGGCAGAGAGUCAUACUCAUCAGUACCUCGGAUCAAGCGUUCUGUUUCGGAUCGUGCCUGUUACGCUUUAUGGGCAAACUGGUGAGGUGAAUACGUAUGCUUUCUUGGACGAAGGAUCAUCGCUGACUCUGAUGGAGAACGAUAUUGCAGAGCAACUCGGAGUAAAUGGAACUACUCAGCCAUUGUGCUUACGAUGGACGGGUAAUACGUCCAGAAUCGAAGAAAAGUCGAAAGUUAUCACCAUCACUAUCGGUGGAGCCGGUUCGCAGAAACGGUUCAAGAUGUCGAACGUUCGUACCGUGAAUAAUCUGAACCUUCCCAGCCAGACCUUCCAAUUGGUGGAAGCCGUGAAGCAGUUUGACUAUCUCAAGCAGCUACCGAUACAGAGCUACAAGAACGCCGUACCUAAGCUGCUGAUAGGACUUGACAAUCUACAGUUAGCUGUUCCAUUGAAGUCGAGGGAAGGUAACGGAAAUGGACCAGUUGCGGUAAAGACCAGACUCGGAUGGUGCGUCUACGGUAAGCAACAGCCUGGAUCGAAAAGUGAAUUCAGUUUCCACGUUUGCGAGUGCACGACGAAUAAGGAACUACAUGAUACUGUCAAGCAGUUCUACGAUCUCGAGGAAGUGGGAGCAGGAAAUGUCACCCUACGAUCUAAAGAAGAACAGCGAGCACUGGAUUUGCUGGAGCAGACAACGGUUCGUGUCGGUGAGCGAUUUGAAACUGGACUGCUGUGGAAAGAUGACGAUGCGGAGCUGCCAGAUAGCUACACGAUGGCACUUCGCAGGCUGGAAUGCCUGGAAAGGAGGAUGUCACGGGAUAAAGCGUUGAAAGAGAACGUUUUCCGGCAGAUGCAAGAGUUCGUAAGCAAGGGUUACAUUCAUAAAGCCACAACGGACGAACUCGAAGAUGCGAAUCCUCGCAGAAUCUGGUACCUCCCUGUGGGGGUUGUGACCAACUCGAAGAAACCAGGGAAAAUACGCAUCGUUUGGGACGCUGCUGCCAAGGUGGACGGAGUUUCGCUAAACAGCAUGCUGCUAAAAGGGCCGGACCAGUUGGUGUCGCUGUUAGGAGUAUUGUUCCGCUUCCGGCAGUUCAAGAUUGCGGUGUGCUCUGACGUUAAGGAAAUGUUCUUGCAGAUUCUGAUGCGCGCGGCUGACAAGCAUUCACAGCGAAUCCUGUGGCGUUUGGAUCCAAGUCAGGACCCGGAAAUAUUCCUGGAAGAUGUUGCAACGUUUGGGUCGACAUGCUCACCAGCGUCGGCACAAUUCGUGAAAAAUACGAACGCUCGGGAGCACAGUGUUCGAUAUCCCAGAGCAGCGGAAGGAAUACUGCAGAGCACGUACGUGAACGAUUACCUCGAUAGCUUUGGGUCGGAAGAAGAAGCUCUUCGUAUUUCUGAGGAAGUACGUCAGAUUUUCCGGAACGGUGGGUUCGAAUUGAGGAACUGGAUCUCGAACAACGAAGGUGUUCUGGAGCACCUUGGGGAGACUCAAGCAGCUACCAGUAAAAGCUUGAUAACUACGAGCACCACUACUGAACGUGUGCUCGGGAUGUUGUGGGACCCAGUAACGGACGAACUAUCGUUCAGCACUCGAAUGAGCGAUGAAGUUCAAUCUCUCCUGGAAAAUGACAAAAUCCCAACGAAGAGGCAAGUGUUACGCUGCGUCAUGACUCUGUUCGACCCGUUGGGUUUAUUGGCCACAUUUCUGAUCCACGGCAAGAUUCUGGUGCAGGACUUGUGGCGCGCUGGAACCGCAUGGGAUGAAGAAGUCGGUGGAAAUCAGUAUGGAGACUGGUGCAGGUGGAUCAAGAUGAUUUCGUACAUCGCGAACGUUCGCAUUCCUCGCUGCUAUUUCCCAGAAGCGUCAGCACGUUCGUAUGAAGUUACUGAACUUCAUGUCUUCGUAGAUGCCAGUCCGCUUGCGUAUUCCUGUGCGCUGUACCUGAGGACAAUCACCGCUGACGGCACACCCCAGUGCACACUGAUCGCUGCAAAGGCCAAAGUAGCACCACUCAAGCCAAUGACUAUACCGAAGCUGGAACUUCAAGGAUGUCUCCUGGGAACAAGAAUGAUGAAGUUCGUGCAAGCAAACCACUCCAUUACCAUCAGAAGACGAGUCCUAUGGACGGACAGCUCCGUCGCGCUUUCGUGGAUCCGCGCAGAUCCGAGAAACUAUCGACCGUUCGUGGCCAACCGGGUCGGCGAAAUUCUCGAAAAUACAACAGUCGAUGAGUGGAGAUGUCUUCCGUCGGGGUUUAACGCAGCGGAUGAGGCAACAAAGUGGGGAAGUGGACCUUACUUCAGUAGUGACAGCAAGUGGUUCAACGGACCGGAGUUCUUGCGCUUCCCGGAACAUGAAUGGCCGAAUUCUACGGAUCUAGUCGUGGAUACGGCCGAAGAAGUUCGAUCGUCAGUACUCUUUCACGCAACUUGGGAACCUGUGAUCGCCUACGAGCGUUUCUCUAAAUGGGAGAGGUUGCAGCGUAGUAUGGCUUACGUGCUACGAUUCAUUUUCAACGCGACCAAGAAGGGAGAAAGACGCAGUGGUCGAUUAACUCAACCUGAGCUGGAUGAUGCCGAAAAUGAAGUCCUGAAGCAGGUCCAAAGAGAAGCCUUUGCGGAUGAGGUAACGACGCUUAAAAAUAAUCAAGUACUACCGCAGGACAAGAAGGAAUCGAUUGACAGAUCGAGCAUCGUUUACCAACUGAUGCCAAUGAUGGAUGAACGGGGUUUGAUGCGCCAAAACAGCCGGAUUGCAGCGGCGAAGGAUAUUCAUCACAGCGUGCGCUUUCCAGUAAUCCUGCCAAGAAAGCAUCGGUGCACGGAACUUCUGGUCGCACGCUAUCAUCGGCUCUACCGUCAUGCAAACUCCGAAACGGUAGUGAACGAAGUCCGCCAGCUGUUCAUCAUACCGAAACUGCGAUCGGUGGUAAAGCAGAUUGGACGAAGCUGCCAAUUCUGCAAAAUUCGUAAGGCACUCCCGACUAUUCCUCCGAUGGCACCACUGCCACCAGCACGGUUAGCCGUACACGACCGUCCAUUCAGCUACGUAGGAGUGGACUACUUCGGCCCAUUGUUAGUCAAGCAGGGCCGCUCGAAUGUGAAAAGGUGGAUUGCGCUCUUCACUUGCUUGACUGUGCGCGCCGUUCACCUUGAAGUGGCAUACAGCCUAUCAGCUGCGUCGUGUAUUUGCUGCAUCCGACGGUUUGUCUGUCGCCGAGGAUCACCGGUGGAGUUUUUCAGUGACAAUGCUACGAACUUCCAUGGGGCUGAAAGACAGCUCCGUGAGCAGAUCAACGAAGGAGUGUCAGCAACGUUCACCAGUGCUAACACGAAGUGGACCUUCAUUCCGCCAAGCGCUCCGCACAUGGGCGGUGCAUGGGAGCGACUCGUCCGUUCAGUGAAGACGGCGAUAGGGGAUGCGUACCGCGAAGGAAAACUCAACGAUGAAGAGCUGCAGACCUUGAUCGUGGAGGCAGAGGGCAUUGUAAACACCAGACCACUUACGUACAUACCACUUGAUUCAGCGGAAUCAGACGCUCUUACGCCGAACCACUUUCUACUCGGGAGCUCGAAUGGGGUAAAGCAGCCAAGCGUGGGUAUCGAAGUUCAACAGCGGGCUUCUCGGGACUCAUGGGACCGCAUCCAGCGACAACUCAACCGGUUCUGGCAGCGCUGGCUGAAAGAAUACCUGCCGGUGAUUCGGAAGCAGACUAAGUGGUUCGACGAAGCUCGACGUGUGGAAGUGGGUGACCUUGUGCUGAUAGCAGACGAAGGCAAGCGGAACGGCUGGGUGCGGGGCAUCGUGAUCGAAUCGAUCAGGGCACCAGACGGCCACGUUCGCCAAGCUAUGAUCAAGACAACGAGAGGAGUUCUUCGUCGACCGGUAUUGAAGUUAGCGGUUCUCGACGUUAGGAAUAGCAGUGCGGUCAUGGAGUCCAGUGGACCGCACCCGGAGGAGGAUGUUGCCACAGGGGCACUUGCUCCUCCGGGUGCGGUCCACUGGACUCCAUGA